AUGAAUUUUAUUCUGUUCUUUGGAAUCUUAAUAGUUUCUAAUAGUUAAGAAUGUACAACUACUAUCAAAGGAAUAUUUUCUAAAUAGAUUUAUGAAUUUGAAAGAUCCAUUAAUCAAUUAAGAAAUGAAGUAGCAUAGGCAAGAUAACAAAAUCAUAUGGGAUUAUUUGAAUAUGCUGCUAAUAUGUAAAUAAUUACAUGGUCAAUUGGAUUAUCUAGAGGAGCUUAAAAUUGUGCUGAAAGAUGUCCUGAUUCUCUAAAUACUUGUAAAAACGUACUUUUUAAAUCAUACUAAGUUAAAAGGUGAUUUUGGUAUAUUGUUUCAUUAGAGAAUGGUAGAUUCAUCAGGAGUUGAAUGGAAUCCUUAAGAUAUUGUUAAAAAAUGGAUGUAAAAUUAACAAAAUGCUGAAUAAUUAAUGAUAGCAACAAUUUCAUAAUUUGGAUGUGGAAGAGCAAUUAAGAAAUCAGUAGACAAAUAUAUGGAAUAUGUUGUUUGUUUUUUUGAUUAAGUUUUAAUUAUAUAUUAUUUUAAAGGCUCCAAUAGAUGGUAAGGCUGCUUAUAUAGUAGCUAAUGAAAAAUCAAUAGCAAAGGCAUGUAGAUUUGGUAGAUCAAAUUAAUAUAGUGGAUUAUGUGCAAGUUCAUAUAAUAAAAUGCUUAUUAUGAAUCCAGAACAUUCAAGUAGAAUAUUUGAAAGUUAGCAUAAAUAAUAAAAAUAAUGA